GCUCGAGAGCAACUCCUGGAACCCUUCUACGUGAUCUGCACCUUUAAACUCACUCCCUCCCAAGCCGGACCCUGGAGGCACCACCCACAUCCGUCUAACAUCACUUCCUUCAGAGUUUGGGGGAAAAAAAAAAAUCUGGGAACGCGAGGGGUUGGGUUCAGCCGCGCUUGGGGAGCUGUACGGACCUUCUGCUAGGACUCCGGCCCUGUGUCCGCUCAGCCCAGUGGCCCCGCGCACCUACUACAAUGGAGCUCCAGCCCCGUCUCGGGGCCACCUGUUUGCUGGGCUUCAGUUUCCUGCUCCUCGUCAUCUCUUCUGAUGGACAUAGUGGGCUUGGAAAGGGUUUUGGAGAUCAUAUUCAUUGGAGGACACUAGAAGAUGGAAAGAAAGAAGCGGCUGCCAGUGGAUUGCCCCUGAUGGUGAUUAUCCACAAGUCGUGGUGUGGAGCUUGCAAAGCUUUAAAGCCCAAGUUUGCAGAAUCUACAGAAAUUUCAGAACUUUCCCAUAAUUUUGUUAUGGUGAAUCUUGAGGAUGAAGAGGAACCAAAAGAUGAAGAUUUCAGCCCUGAUGGGGGUUAUAUUCCACGAAUCCUUUUCCUGGAUCCCAGUGGCAAGGUGCGUCCUGAAAUCAUCAAUGAGAGUGGAAAUCCCAGCUACAAGUAUUUCUACAUCAAUGCCGAGCAAGUUGUUCAGGGGAUGAAGGAAGCUCAGGAACGGCUGACGGGUGGUGCCUUCAGAGAGAAACAUCUUGAACAUGAGUUGUAACAUGAAUGUAUCCCUUCUUUCAUCAAAGUUAGUGUUCUGGAAAGAAAGCAGCAGGGGAGGGAACAUUGAGGAAUCACCCAGAACAAUUAAACUGACCAGGAAACUUUGCUCCUGUCUACACCAGAAGGAGCUCUCACUGUGGAAGAGUUCUGCUAACGGAAGCUGGUCUACAUGUUCGUGGAUCCAGCAGAGUGUGGCAGACUUUCUUCUCUUGCUCCCUCUCACCUAAAUGUCAGUUUGUCAUUGAAUGUAAAGAAUGAAACCUUUUGACACAAAACUUGAGCCACUUGGAGGUUUACUCCUCAGAGUUGAGUAUUUGAGUCUUUUCCCAUUUCCUCCCACUUUAUUCACCUGAGUGGUGAAAGGGAAGACCAGUAGCAUCUUUUCUACAAUGUUGAAAUUGCAGAAAUACCUUAUCAAUUUUUUUUAAAAAACAAUAAAUCCUAAAUGUAAAUCAGUAAAUCUAUUGCCUACAUAGGAGACCAGCCUGUUUUUUCUCCUGGGAAUAAUUGUGCACUUCUUUUCAAAUCCCUGCAACCCCCCUCCUCUCCUCCUGCUUGGGCUUCCCUGUUUGCAUGCAUGGCUGUGUGCUUGGACUCAGCUCCAGCUGGAAGCAUGCUUUCCCUUGUUAAUGUUGGAGAAUCUCACACCUUCAAGCCCUAGGUGUAGCCAUUUUGUCAAGUCAUCAACUGUAUUUUUGUACUGAGGUUAAUAAGAAAAAAGAUAAAAUAUUGUUCCAUUAAACUUUAAUAAAACUGUAAAAGGAA